GGCUGUGGGCGAGGCGAGCGGCCGGCGCGGGCCCCUGGCGGGCGGGCGGUGCACCCCACGGCCUGGCGCCACUUCUGAGUGCCGAGAGUUCGAGUCCCGCCCCUACUCGGGGGCGGAGCUGGGUGGUACCUAGUUGCGCCGCACUAGCUCUGGUCGCAUCCGGAUGCUUGGCCCGGAGCGAGGCUGCUGAAAUCUCCCCGAUACAGGUCCCAGGCCUGGCUGCAGACGGAUCGGAUGAGUGCCCAGCUCAGCAACAAAGGCGAAGAGCCUAUGGGAGACUGUCACCGGGAUGGCAGCUGUGUCCCAGAAAUCACGGAAGCCCCAGCCCUCCAGGCAGAGAAGGAGGAGGGCGAGGGGACCGGAGGAGCUCCCGAGUCAGGAUCCCAGCCCGGACUCUACAGCUACAUCAGGGACGACCUGUUCACCUCGGAGAUCUUCAAGCUGGAGCUGCAGAACGUGCCCCGCCAUACGAGCUUCAGCGACGUCCGCCGCUUCCUGGGUCGCUUUGGCCUACAGCCCCACAAGACCAAGCUCUUCGGGCAACCUCCCUGCGCCUUUGUGACAUUCAGCAAUGCCGCUGAGCGGGACAAGGCCCUGCGUGUGCUGCACGGGGCCCUCUGGAAGGGCCGCCCGCUCAGCGUGCGUCUGGCCAGGCCCAAAGCAGACCCCAUGGCCAAGAAAAGACAGCGUGAGGAAGAGAGCGAGGCAUCGGCCACAUGCAUUGCCGACGUAGUCACCCCUCUUUGGACUGUGCCCUACCCCGAGCAGCUAGAGCAGAAGCGGCUGGAGUGCGAGCAGGUGCUACAGAAGCUUGCCAAGGAAAUUGGGAGUACCAACCGCGCCCUGUUGCCCUGGCUGCUCUCACAGAGGCACAAGUACAACAAGGCAUGCUGCCCACUGGAAGGGGUCAAGCCGUCGCCCCAGCAGACUGAAUAUCGUAACAAGUGUGAGUUUCUGGUUGGCAUCGGGGUUGAUGGAGAAGACAACACAGUCGGCUGCCGCCUGGGCAAAUACAAGGGUGGGACUUGUGCUGUGGCCGCUCCUUUCGACACGGUGCACAUCCCCACGGCCACCAAGCAGGUGGUGAAGGCUUUCCAGGAGUUUAUCCGGUCCACUCCAUACUCAGCCUAUGACCCAGAGACGUACUCGGGCCACUGGAAGCAGCUGACUGUGCGCACCAGCCGCCAGGGACAAGCCAUGGCCAUUGCCUACUUCCACCCCCAGAAACUCAGCACUGAGGAGCUGACGGGGCUGAAAGCUUCCUUGGCACACCACUUCGUGGCAGGGCCAGGCAAGGCCAGCGGGGUGACCUGCCUCUACUUUGUGGCGGAGGGGAGACAGCGAAAUACGCCCAGCCUGGAGGGCCUGGCCCUGGAGCACGUGGCGGGGGACCGCCACAUCCGAGAGGACCUGCUAGGGCUGACCUUCCGGAUCUCCCCGCAUGCCUUCUUCCAGGUGAACACCGCCGCGGCUGAAGUGCUGUACACGCUGAUCCAGGAGUGGGCGCAGCUGGACUCGGGCAGCACCGUGCUGGAUGUGUGCUGUGGUACUGGCACCAUUGGUCUGGCACUGGCCAGGAAGGUGAAGAGAGUUGUGGGGAUUGAGCUGUGCCCAGAGGCUGUGGAAGAUGCCCGGGUGAAUGCCCAAGAAAAUGAACUGAAUAACGUGGAGUUCCACUGCGGAAGGGCUGAGGAUCUGUUGCCCACCCUCGUGAACCGACUAGCCUCCCAGCAGCUCAUAGCUGUCCUGGACCCGCCCCGAGCUGGCCUGCAUUCCAAAGUGAUCCUGGCCAUCCGCAGAGCAGAAAACCUCAAGCGGCUGUUGUAUGUCUCCUGCAACCCCCGGGCGGCCAUGGCCAACUUUGUCGACCUCUGCAGAGCCCCCUCUAAUCGGGUGAAGGGCACCCCGUUCAAGCCAGUCAAAGCUGUGGCUGUGGACCUGUUCCCACAGACCCCACAUUGUGAGAUGCUUAUCCUGUUUGAAAGGACUGAGUACUCCAAUGGUGGGGCUCCAGCACCCUCAGAGCCACCGGCCCAGCCCCCACCAGGACCUCCGCCUGACACCUCACAGGAAACUGGGGCCUCCACCUCUUCGUAGGCCUUGGGUACACAGCUUUUCUAGAUCUCGCCCGUGUGGAUCGCAGGGCUGCGGCCACAGCACUCCAGUAUGUGCCUUGCCUGGGAUGCUUGGAGGUGGCCAUCCCUGUGGGCUCCCUCCCCAGUUCUCUUUGGGCCAGCAGGACCACACUGGCCACAAUAAACAGUU